GGGAGCACACAAUAGCCCUGGCUGCAAGCGGGUGUUUAUUUGUGUUGAGGCAAUUAGGGGUGGGACAGCAGUUGUGUGUGCCGGGCGGGGCUGUCUUUUCUCUCGGGCAGUGAGUUGGACAGCCCUAGCCUUGGGUGGGAGGAGAGCAAGAUGGCAGCCUCCUUGUGGCUGAGCUGCCGCAGCAAAGGGAUGGUCAAACUACUCCUGGGUGGGAGGCUAGUCGCGGGGGCGUCUCUCCGCCUUGGAGGAGGCUGGAGGCUUCUGCACAGGAGCCACGAGCUGCUGGGUAUUCCUGCAUUUAAAAUACUCAUGCCUGCACUGUCUCCUACAAUGGAGGAAGGAAAUAUUGUGAAAUGGUUAAAAAAGGAAGGUGAAACUGUAAAUGCAGGAGAUGCAUUAUGUGAAAUCGAAACGGACAAAGCAGUGGUAACCAUGGAGUCAAGUGAUGAUGGCAUAUUGGCUAAAAUAAUGAUGGAAGAAGGAAGUAAAAACGUGCGUCUGGGAACACUAAUUGGUUUGCUGGUAGAAGAAGGACAGGACUGGAAGCAGGUUGAAAUACCAGCAGAUACUGGCGAUCCAUCUUGUCUGGCACCCCCGAUGGCUCCGCCUGCAGUUGCACCUAGUCCCCCUCCAGUAGGCAUUUUAGCUUCAGCCUCUACCAAAAUGGAACAUGGGCUUGGAAAACUACCGAUUCGCUUAAGUCCUGCUGCCCGCUACAUUCUAGAGACACAUGGACUUGACCCAAGCAGUAUUACUCCCUCUGGGCCUCGAGGAAUCCUCACUAAAGAGGAUGCACUCAAUCUUCUGCAGCAGAAACAGAAGAGCAAAGCUGUGGAAUCGAGACCUAUGGUUUCUCCAGCCCCUACUCAGCCUACUGUAGUGCCUUUGGCUCCACAAGCAACAACUGUGUCCUCUAUUUAUCCGCGGCCUGCAGUUCCACCAAUUUCUAUACCGGGUCAGCCGGCUGCACAGGGUACGUUCACAGAAGUCCCUGCCAGCAACAUCCGAAGAAUUAUUGCUAAGAGAUUAACAGAAUCUAAAACCACUGUGCCUCAUUCAUAUGCUUCUUCUGACUGUGACCUUGAUGCUAUCUUGAAACUAAGGAAAGAACUAGCAAAAGAUGAUAUUAAAGUAUCAGUAAAUGACUUUAUUAUCAAAGCAACAGCGGUUACCCUCAAACAAAUGCCAGAUGUGAAUGUGACCUGGGAUGGAGAGGGCCCCAGGCAGCUGCAAUCCAUCGACAUCUCUAUUGCUGUGGCAACAGACCGAGGUCUCAUUACACCAAUCAUAAAAGAUGCUGCUGCCAAGGGAGUGCAGGAAAUUUCUGCCUCUGCAAAGGAUCUCGCAAAGAAAGCAAGAGAUGGAAAACUGUUACCUGAAGAAUACCAAGGAGGAUCUUUUAGCAUUUCCAAUCUGGGCAUGUUUGGCAUCAGUGGCUUCAUUGCUGUCAUAAACCCUCCUCAAGCCUGCAUCCUAGCUGUGGGACGAGCUCGACCUGAACUCAAGAUUGUGGAAGAUGAAGAAGGGAAUGAGAAACUUCUGCAACAUCAGCUUAUGACAGUGACACUGUCAAGCGACAGUCGGAUGGUAGACGACAAACUGGCUUCAGUGUUUCUGGAGACCUUGAAAGCAAACCUAGAGAAUCCGAUACGACUUGCCUUAUGUUAAACUGAUCAGGGAUUGGCUCCUGCUUUGGCAAAAUAUGGAACAAGGUUACAAACUGUUCCCCUCUCCUCCCCCACUGCCCCAGAGAAAUAACGAAUACUAAGCAUGGGGGGGACAAUUAAAAUAUUUAAUUUAUUUUAAUUAACUUGAAAGACUCUUCAGAUCCAUCUUUGUGAUCAUUUCCAGCUCUCAAGUUUUAUACUGUAAAACUGAAAUACUUUAAAGAAAUAUUAAAAUAGAACUAAUGCAUUAAAGUUCUUUCACUGCUUAAUAGCAACUACACCAAAUUUAAACAUAUUUGUUACUGUUUAGUUAGAGAAGUUUAGAAAACCUUGGGAAAUUUGAGUGAGAAACGUGAAAUGAAAAAGAGAAUGAGGCAAUGCUUUGUUUAAGGACUAAACUAGCUUUCACAGUGAGGAAAGCAAGUGGCAUGACUGAGUAAGAUGGCCCUAUAAAUCCCUAUCAUCAUUAAGAGAAUCAAACCAGCUAUCGGUUCAAGCAAUAUAUUUUAGCUAUUUAAUAUGUGAAGAGGGUUCCAGCCAAAAUCUUCUGUUAGAGUUGGGUGAUAUAAACUGUGAGAGCUCUGAGAUUUUUUACGAGGAUUUUGCUAGGGGUUCUACUUGACGCUAGAUAAGUUACUUUGGUUGGUGACACAUGGCCCUAUAUAAGUUACUUUGGUUUGGUUCAUGUCACAAACUCAACCAUUCUUGAUCUUUUACUUUACUAUGAGCUUUUCCAGAUGAAAAUGACAGAGGGUGGAAAAAUUCUAGUGCACAAAAACCAAAUUACAUAAUGGAUGUAAAUGGAAAAACUCAAAUAAAAUAAAAUAUUAAAUAGCCUAUUAGCAUCUAAAGCUGGAUUUGAAAAUGCACUUAGCAUUAGAUUAAUUAAAAACACAUUUAAAUUGUGUGUGGAUAUGCACUUCAGCAUUUUAAGUUCUCUACUUAAUGUAGUGUCCCACAAAGGAGACAAAUUUAAUAAAUGUGUCAGUAAGAGUUUUGUCAUUUACUUCAAUAGAGCCAGGAUUUCACCCCAGAUAUUUUUCUCAUUACAAACUUUAAAUCUGCAAUAAAUUGUGAAAGUGAUACUUUCCUUUUUAACCCAAUACAUUAUUACAAUAGUAAUGAGUUCCAUUAAAUUUAAAUAUCAAAAUCUAAUUGGUGUGUCCUUGUUUAACUAUUGUAAAUUGCAAUAGUGCUUUUGCAAUUGUUCCAUGGUAUGUUAUCUGAUAGGUAACUGAAAAUUGAAGUAUGUUUUGCAGACUGAAUAUCUUGAUGAUCUUUCUGUCACACAGUGGUACCAACUUCUUCAUCAGACUUGAGUGGCAAAGGUCAGAUUUUGCAUACUGAACAUUUGCUCAAUAAAUCCCUUCUUUGAAUGGAAGGAAUGAAUGUAUCAUUACAAAGUGCAUAUCAUAAGUAGAUGGAUACUGAAUUGUAAUUCAGUUUGAGUAGCCUUUUAUUUGGAAUCCCUAUUAUGAUAGUUUACUGUAUAUAUCAUAUGGAAACAAUGGGAAUUUCCAAUGAAAUAAUUCCAUUGAGGGGAUCUGAUGACAACAUAAGCCACUAGUGCCCCAUUCAAGUCCUGGAGUCUGUCACCGUUAGAGCCACCGUAUUUUGUUGUAUAUAAUUCACUGCACCAAUUUGUUCUUUAAGAUCCAAACUUCUUAAGUAUUUAUUUACUCACCAAGUUGUUGCAAUACUUACAAUAGUAAGGGUAUGUCUAAAACUUGUGUCAAUGUUCAGGUUGGAGUUUUCACAAAACUAGUUUGCUUCUUUAACUGAUGUGUGUGAAUGAUAACGACAUGAGAAAUUCAUAAGCCAUCAAUCUGACAUUGUAUUUCUGAUUACUUACUGUGGCAAAUUGCCGGCACUAUUAUGAUGGGUCUCGUGCUCUCUCUUCUUUGGGGGGGGGGUUCAGGGCACCAUUUCUUGCCCCUAAAUUGGAAUAUUAAUUGCCCCACUAGUGUCCU